AUGGCGGAGAAAGAGUACACAGAAGAGCAAGAAAAGCUGACGCUGCUGAUUGUGGAUAAGGACAAGCAUUCGUUCUAUGAGCUGCUACAGGUGGACGAGAAGGCGAGCGAUGGGGACAUAAAGAAGGCGUACCGCAAGAUGGCAAUCAAACUACAUCCGGACAAAAAUCGGCACCCGAGGGCGGCGGAAGCGUUCAAGAAGGUAAAUCGUGCGUUCGAGGUUUUGUCUGACGAGAAGAAGCGCCGCGUGUACGACCAGCUGGGCUACGAUCCGGACGACAGGGCUGCGGCACAGGAGUCGUACCGUAGGGGCGGGGCGUCCGAGGCCAGCACGAAUGGGUUCCGGCCGUUCACGGACGAGGGCAUGUUCUUCCGAGGGGCCGGGGGGGCUCCGGAGGACCUGUUUGACUUUUUCUUUCGGGGCGGGGGCCCCGGCGGCCCGUUCGGGAUGGCUGAUCCCUAUGAUUCGUUUGGGCCCUUUGGGGGCGCUACGACGUUUACGUUUGGCGGGCCCGCGGGCUUCAAGGUGUACAGCGGUGGGUCUGGGGGGCAGUUCCGCCGCGGACCGUUUGGCAUGGCACAGGCUGCCACCGAAGCGCAACGCCAACGUGCGAACGGCCAGCCGGAGGCGCAAGAUCCGCUACAACACGUAGUGUUCGUUCUCCUGAUAGUGCUUCUCUUCCUGCUACUGCCAAGUCUGGGCUUCUGA